AUGGACGAUAAAGGCGGUCAGAAAUCUGAAGGGAAACCGAAGACAGAGAUGGACAAAGAAGCAGCAGCACGUAUUCAAAGCGCUGAAGCGAAAAAAAAUGAUGGUAAAGUUGAAAAAGGAGGCUUUGCCGCGCGCGCUCAGAGUGCGGCAGACAAGAAUGAAGCAGCGAAGGAAAAAGAAGUGAAAACUGUUACAAUGGACGAUAAAGGCGGUCAGAAAUCAGAAGGGAAACCGAAGACGGAGAUGGACAAAGAAGCAGCAGCACGUAUUCAGAGCGCUGAAGCGAAAAAAAAUGACGGUAAAGUUGAAAAAGGAACCUUUGCCCCCCGCGCUCAGCGCGCGGCUGACAAGAAUGAAGCAGCGGAGGACGAAGAAGGGAAAUGA